CGGUCGGGGCGGCUCGGCUUCCGGCGGCCGGCGAGGUGGAUGGCCUCUCUCAGGGCCGCGUUCUGUGCUUCGCUCGCGGCCGCCGGAGUUCGGCCGCCGGCUCUCCGUGCCACGCGCCUGCCCCCCGCGCUCUGGUCCUCCUGGACCGCCGCCAUGGAGCCCGCGCCGCGGUGGCUGGCGGGGCUGCGCUUCGACAACCGCGCCCUGCGCGCACUGCCGGUGGAGCCGCCCGGGCCCGAGGACGCGCUGCGCACGCCCCGCCGGGUGUCCGGAGCCUGCUUCAGCCGCGCCCUGCCCGCCCCGUUGCGGCUCCCGCGCGUCGUGGCGCUGUCGGGGCCCGCGCUGGCGCUGCUAGGGCUGGAGGACGCCGACGCCGACGCCGAGGCGGAGGCCGCGCUCUUCUUCAGCGGCAACGCGCUGCUGCCCGGCGCGGAGCCUGCCGCGCACUGCUACUGCGGACACCAGUUCGGCCAGUUUGCUGGGCAGCUGGGCGACGGCGCCGCCAUGUACCUGGGCGAGGUGUGCACGGCGGCGGGUGAGCGCUGGGAGCUGCAGCUCAAGGGCGCCGGCCCCACGCCCUUCUCCAGACAAGCAGAUGGUCGCAAAGUCCUUCGGUCAAGCAUCCGUGAGUUCCUGUGCAGUGAAGCCAUGUUUCACCUGGGGAUCCCCACCACAAGGGCUGGGGCCUGCGUUACAUCUGAGUCCACAGUGGUGCGCGACGUGUUUUAUGAUGGUAAUCCAAAAUAUGAAAAGUGCACGGUUGUGUUGCGUAUAGCUCCCACUUUUAUAAGGUUUGGCUCCUUUGAGAUUUUUAAGCCCCCUGAUGAGCACACAGGGCGAGCAGGCCCCAGUGUGGGGCGGAAUGACAUCCGAGUCCAGAUGCUUGACUAUGUGAUCAGUUCUUUCUACCCUGAAAUCCAGGCUGCCCACGCCUGUGACAAUGACAGCGUGCAGAGGAAUGCUGCCUUCUUCAGGGAGGUAACACGACGAACAGCACGGAUGGUGGCUGAAUGGCAGUGUGUUGGCUUCUGCCAUGGUGUGCUCAACACUGACAACAUGAGCAUCGUGGGGCUCACCAUUGACUAUGGACCCUUCGGCUUUCUGGACAGGUAUGACCCUGACCAUGUGUGUAAUGCCUCCGACAAUACUGGGCGCUACACAUAUAGCAAGCAGCCCCAGGUAUGCAAGUGGAAUCUGCAGAAACUGGCCGAGGCAUUGGAGCCUGAGCUGCCCCUUGCCCUGAGCGAGGCCAUCCUAACAGAGGAGUUUGACACCCAGUUCCAAAGGCACUAUCUACAAAAGAUGCGCAGGAAGCUGGGCCUCGUUCAGGUGGAGCAGGAGGAAGAUGGUGCACUUGUGGCCAAGCUUCUGGACACUAUGCAUAAGACUGGCGCUGAUUUUACAAACACCUUCUAUGAGCUGAGCCGCUUCCCAGCUGAGCCAUCAGACCUGGCGGAGUUCCUGCCUAGGCUCACCUCCCAGUGUGCCUCUCUGGAAGAACUGAAGCUUGCCUUCCGACCCCAGAUGGAUCCACGGCAGCUGUCCAUGAUGCUGAUGCUUGCACAGUCAAAUCCACAGCUCUUUGCACUCAUCGGCUCCCAGGCAAAUGUCACAAAGGAGCUAGAGCGUGUAGAACAGCAGUCAUGGCUAGAACAGCUGAGCUCUGCUGAGCUGCAGAGCAAGAACACAGACCACUGGGUGGCCUGGCUACAGGAGUACAGAGCCCGGCUGGACAAGGACAAAGAAGGUGUUGGAGAUACUGCUGCUUGGCAGGCAGAGCGCCUGCGCAUCAUGCAUGCCAACAACCCCAAGUAUGUCCUGAGGAACUACAUUGCACAGAAUGCCAUUGAGGCUGCUGAAAAUGGAGAUUUUGCAGAGGUGCGGCGCAUCCUGAAGCUGCUGGAGUCUCCUUACUAUAUUGAAGGGGAGACCACUGAGGCCACAAGCCCUGAGGCAGCAGCAAGGACCACUGGUGACCAGUAUUCCUACAGCAGCAGGCCACCCCUCUGGGCAGCAGAACUCUGUGUAACAUGAUCCUCAUAGUGGCCUCAGUAUUCUCCACAUGCCUGGAGUCUCUGGAGGGCCCCCCAACUGAUGCUGCUGAGUUGCUGAGACCGCUGGGCUGCUUUGCCCUCCAGUCUCUCCAUGACGGCAGAGACCUCCAGUCAGGAUCUGACCCAUCUCUGUCUGAUACCAGCUCACUAGCACCAUCCUGGCUUAUCACUCAACUUGCCCCCAGCAUAAGCUGCUUCAUGCUUGCGAGUGAUACAGUCAGGGUAAGCCUUGUGACCUGUCUGUGCACCUUGCCCAAGGGCAGGGGCUGGCUUGGCCCCUGCCGAAUCUCCCAAGCCUCUAAAUAAACCAGCAACUUUUUCA